CAACAGGAAACACACCCAAGAAUUUCACAUCCCCGUCAGGAUCCACGAGCAGUAACCUCUGGUCUCCAGCAUUAACACGCAGUCUCAAUGAGCUGUGUUUUUGUCCGCACUCGCUCUGUGCUUGUGUAAAAGCGAACACAUGUAGUGGACAGCGUUGUCCAAAUUCAACAAGAUUGGAAUCGGACUUGGGACGUCUACAAUGGAACAUCUCCGGCCUUUGACUGAGCUCGCUCUGAUUCUGAUCCUGGCCUCUCAUUCAAAAGGUGAAACAUGGGGUUUGAAGGUCAACCGACGCAUCACUGCAGAGAAAGGCAAAAGCGUGAUCAUACAAUGUACGUUCAGCUACCCGCCGGAGCACCACACAGAAAACCUUCAGCUCUUCUGGAAACUGCCCAAGAGAAGCACAUUUAAUACUUACGACAGGGAUCGCAACGCGUUUCUUUAUCACCCCAAUAACACAUUUGUGGUGAAGAAGUACCAAGGAAAGACCAGUCUGAUUGGAAUGGGAAACGACAGGAGCUGCACCCUCGGGAUAACAAAUUUAAUGGACGACCGACUGGUUAUUUACUUUAGGAUUAUUGGAAAGGAGAACUUCAGUUUUUGGGACCAAAGUGUCACUAUAUCUGCAUAUGGCCCAGAUGUCGUACCAGUCACUCUUAAUCCAGAUACUAUUUUCCCAUAUUCACCCAUUCCAAGAGAUCUACAACAUCUGAAAAACAGAACGACGUUACAAACAAUCUACACUGCCGUCUUUGUACCCCUUGCAGCAGUUGUGAUCCUUCUUGCUGCCGGAUUUCUCAUUUGGAAAAAGCACACAAGGUCACAAUCGGUAGUGAGGGAGGGCUCUGGAUAUUAUGCGAACUUUAGCAGAGCGUCACCAAACCAAGCCACGAGAAAAGAAAAUUGCAACAAACAAGACAACAAAAAUCUUCCCGACAGGAAGGUUAUGGAGGAACCUAUUUAUAUUAAUGUGCAGCAAGCAGCAUGUCAGACGGGGGCACGUAUGACUCAAGGAGAGGAUCACAAAGACAAUAUAUAUGAAAAUGUGGUUCACACUAAAUAAAAACACUAUCUUGUUGAUGUCUGCCACCGAACGUAAACAGCUACCCAAAAGCAGCUGAUAAAUAAACAAGGUGGUUAUCACACAUUUGUGAGCAAACAAC